AAAACUGUAAUUUCAGACCUACGUUCGCAGUACACUUCACCCCCAAUCACCCCCUCUGUCUGCAGAAGCCGCCUCAUAUAACUCAGUUUCCCUUUACACCAGCACAACACAAACGGGGAGAAAGAGAAGAGAGAGAAGAUGAGAAAGCUUAAUGAAACUUAUUUCUGUGGAGAGAGAAAGAAAGAUAGAUAGGUAGAGAGAGAAGGGGCAAAAGGGUUCAGCUUUUAGACGGUGAAAGUGAGAUCUUUUAAACACUCAUCCAUAUAGUCGCAGAAACACAGAGAGAGAGGGGGAGAGAGAGAAAGACUUAGUGGACACGCCAUUAGAGUGUGUAAGGAGGCAACCAGAGAGACCCAGAUGGAAGUUGUAGCUUAGGUAGAGCCUGCACAUUAGGGUUUUUGAUAUUUCCCACCGAAUCUCACUUCACUCAGUUUCAUACUGCCCUAGGUGGGAUUGUGUUCGGCAGCCAGAAACGGCGUCGUCGUGGUGGACCUCCUCUGGGAGAGAGGGGGGCAGAGAGAUGUUGGGAUACGAAUGGGGGAACCCUCCGUCGACGAUAGUGCUCGCCGGCAACGAAGAAGCUGGUGUUACCACUGGUGCAGAUUCCGACCAGACCCACCGGCAAAUCUUCGACCACUACACUUCUCAUUCCUUAUUGCCGGAGCAGCUCCUUCAUCACCAGCAGCCAGCAGGGCCCACACAACACACCACCGCCAGCUCCACCGCUGAUUUCUCUCACUACCAGUUCAGCCCUCCUCAACCCCACCAUCACCACCACCACCAUAACAUUCAGCACUCUUUCUUUGACCCACGCGCCUUCCCUGGCGCGUCCUCUUCUUCGUUCCCUCCGCCACAGCCUCCUCCUCCUCCUUCCAUGCUCUCUCUUGAUCCGCUUCAGACAGUCAACGCCGGCGCCCACUGUGGGCCUGGUGGGUUUAUGGUUGUUCCCAAGUCCGAGGACUUGGGUCGGUCCAGUGACUUCUCGGCGUCGAGAAUUGGGCUCAACCUUGGUGGCCGCACGUACUUCUCAUCGUCGGAGGAUGACUUCGUGAGCCGGCUGUACCGCCGGUCCAGGCCGGCCGAACCGGGCUCAAUGAUGAUGGCGACGAACUCGCCUCGCUGCCAAGCCGAGGGCUGUAAUGCCGAUCUAUCACACGCCAAGCACUACCACCGGCGUCACAAGGUGUGCGAGUUUCAUUCCAAGGCGGCCACCGUCAUCGCCGCUGGCUUGACACAGCGAUUCUGCCAACAGUGUAGCAGGUUCCAUCUUCUUUCUGAGUUUGACAACGGAAAACGAAGCUGCAGGAAGAGACUGGCAGAUCAUAAUCGUCGCAGAAGAAAAACCCAGCAGCCAAAUCAAGAAAUCCUCAAAACCCAGAUCGACGACUCACGAAAUUCUACUUUUGAAAGUGUUGCAAGAUCUCCUCCGGAUUCUGGAGCUCAGGCGAUGUCGUCGGUGACGGUGGCGGUGUCUCCACCGGACUAUUUCCGGCAACAAACGGCGUAUCAGAAUCAGAGGACAAGUCCGUCGGCAACAUCAAGCUCACUGUUCUUCUCAAGCGGGUAGAGAAUGAAUGAAAAUGAAUGAGAGGGCAAUUUGCAUGGCUUUAUAUAUGAUAUAUAAUAUGAUAUAUAUAAAUACCUUAGGAAAUUAAUGGAGGAGGAUGAAUAAUAACACAGUGAACUUCCACUUGUAACUAUAUGAUUUUCUCCCCAGAAAUUUAAUUUUUAAGUUAAAUAUGUGUUUCUUUGUUUAGACUGAUCAUCUCAAGUGUCUAUAAAAUUCAAGUAUUUUAGGAA